AUGGCUCGGGAAUAUCCAUUCGAACUGGACACAUUUCAAAAGGAAGCAGUGUAUCAUUUGGAGAAUGGAGAUUCCGUAUUUGUCGCUGCCCACACUUCCGCCGGAAAGACAGUGGUUGCAGAAUAUGCAAUCGCUCUGGCAAAUAAGCAUAUGACUAAAGCGAUUUACACAUCUCCUAUAAAAGCCUUGAGUAACCAGAAAUUCCGCGAUUUCCGAAGUACAUUUGAUGAUGUUGGAAUCUUAACUGGAGACAUACAGAUUAACCCAGAAGCAAGCUGCCUGAUUAUGACAACGGAGAUUCUUCGGAGUAUGCUUUAUCGAGGCGCCGAUUUGAUACGUGACGUAGAGUUUGUCAUAUUUGACGAAGUCCAUUAUGUUAACGACCUGGAAAGAGGAGUGGUAUGGGAAGAGGUCAUCAUCAUGCUGCCGGAACACGUUAGCCUCAUCCUUCUAUCUGCCACUGUACCGAACACCUACGAGUUUGCCUCGUGGGUGGGACGGACGAAGAAGAAAGAUAUUUAUGUUAUUUCAACACCGAAACGACCAGUACCACUUGAACAUUAUCUGUGGGCUGGAAAGGAAAUAUUCAAAAUAGUUGAUUCGGAGAAACGAUUCAUCGAAAAAGGCUGGAAAGAUGCCGAUGAUAUACUAUCAGGACGUGAUAAAGUCAAGGCUCAGAAAGCAGCAGAGGCUCAGGCAGCUCGGGGAGGGCACCAGCCGGAGAGAGGACGUGGCCAGGGUCAGCGUGGAAGUGGUCAACGCGGUACAGGGCAGCGAGGUGGCCCUCAGCAGAGAGGCAGAGGACAACCAUCAGCUCGAGGAAUUGGCAAUAUUGCAAGGACUGGACGCGGUGGUGGUAGGACAUCUGCUGCGCAGGACCGUAAUAUAUGGGUACACCUGGUGCAAUAUCUCCGAAAACGUGAAAUGCUUCCGGCCUGCAUUUUCGUCUUUUCUAAGAAACGAUGCGGAGAGAAUGCAGAUUCUCUUUCUAACCAGGACUUCUGCACCGCAGCAGAUAAGAGUGCAAUCCACAUGGUCGUGGAAAAAUCGUUGACUCGUCUCCGGAUUGAAGAUCGAGAUCUCCCCCAGAUCCGCAAAGUCCGAGAACUGCUUAGUCGUGGUGUCGGUGUCCAUCAUGGUGGCCUUCUUCCCAUCGUCAAGGAGAUUGUCGAAAUAUUGUUCGCAAAGGGUCUUGUGAAAAUCCUAUUUGCAACAGAGACGUUUGCAAUGGGUCUAAAUUUGCCUACUCGCACAGUGGUCUUUUCUGGAUAUCGGAAACACGACGGAAGAGGCUUCCGAGAUCUUCUAGCUGGCGAAUACACCCAAAUGGCUGGUAGGGCUGGUCGCCGUGGUCUCGACACAGUCGGAUCAGUUAUUAUUGUCACAUCCGGCCGUGACGAAGCUCCGACUAUCAAUCAGACUCACGUAUAA